AUGCCUCCAAAGUUUGACCCAAAUGAAGUUAAGUUCAUUUACCUAAGAGCCGUUGGUGGUGAAGUUGGUGCUUCAGCUGCUUUGGCUCCAAAGAUUGGUCCAUUGGGUUUGUCACCAAAGAAGGUUGGUGAAGAUAUUGCUAAGGCUACCAAGGAAUUCAAAGGUAUCAAGGUUACCGUUCAAUUGAGAGUUCAAAACAGACAAGCUCAAGCUUCUGUUGUUCCAUCUGCCUCCGCCUUGGUGAUCACUGCUUUGAAGGAACCACCAAGAGACAGAAAGAAGGAAAAGAACGUCAAGCACAGUGGUAACAUCCCAUUGGAUGAAAUCAUUGAAAUCUCCAGAAAGAUGAGAGAAAAGUCCUUCGGUAAGAACUUGGCCUCUGUCGCUAAGGAAAUUUUGGGUACUGCUCAAUCUGUUGGCUGCCGUGUCGAUUUCAAAAACCCACACGAUGUGAUUGAUGCCAUCAACGCUGGUGAAGUGGAGAUUCCAGAAAACUAA